GCUUUCCGUUUCCUCUUAUUCUGUUUUUUCUUAUUUCCUUACCUCUAUUCCUAUCCUGCUUAAUAGAUAGAUACCGGCACGGCUAUCCUCUAAGACCAAUCUUCUCUCAACUACCAAGUCGUCUUAAUUACCCCUAAUAUCAUCAUAAUGUUCAAGACCGGUACUAUCGCAGCCAUCUUGGCUUUUUGCUCCAUUGCUUCAGCCGCACCGGCCAACAGGCGCGAUGAAUCGCGCUGGGCCAAGACAGACUCGGGUUCUCACACGACCCCGAGCAUCCACGGAACUGCAACUGGCUGGGCCCCUCACGAGGCUUCUUCUAGCUCGCACUACCACGUCUCGUUGAGCUAUUUCCAAACUAGCUCCACGGCAGAGGAAGCCGUUGCAUCCGCCACGGGCGAUAUCCCAGCACCCACAGCCAAUACCGAAAGUCCCACCGCCGCGCCGACGGGCCUAAGCAAAGUCCAGCAGAUCCUACUUUCGGACACUCGCGCCGACGCCGUCAACAACAUCCUCAAAGACGACUCCGACUUCGUGUUCGACUUCAACAGAGCGCGCAAGUUCGGCCCGGGCCAGGGCGGCGAGGUAGUCCUAGCCACGCGCAAGGCCUUCCCAGCUCUAACCGGCACCGGCAUCGGCAUGGCCGUCGGCUUCCUCGGCCCGUGCGGCUUCAACACCCCGCACGUGCACAACCGCGCCGCGGAGCUCCUCGUCGUGGUCAAGGGCAAAGUCGCGUCGGAGAUGGUCGUCGAGAACGGCGUCGAGAACGCGGACAAGAAGCCCCGCGAUAUCAUGAACACCAUCGAAGAAUUGCAAGCGACCCCCUACUACACGGGCGCCCUGCACACGCAAUUCAACCCCACCUGCGACGACGCAACGUUCAUCGCGCCCCUGUCGAGCGACGACUUCGGCGCCAACACCAUCGCCCAGGCAUACCUGGCCCUAGGGGACGAGACGAUCCGCGCCGCGGCCGGUAACCACAUCGAGGGCGCCGACGUCGAUAAGUUCCGCGGGAUUAUUAGCGCUGGUGUUGCGCUGGGGGUGGAGCAGUGUCUGGAGACUUGUGGGAUUGCUAAGCGUUGAUGAGUGGGGAGGAGGUGCGGGUAAGGGCGAGGAUGGG